UCAGUAGCAGCUCUUGCGCUUUGGGGUUGGGCGGGUGCGUCGGGCUGCUGGCGGCUCGAACCUGAGAGACACACAUGGACAAAGACACACAAAGAGGUGUGAGGGCCCAUCCAAUCAUCUUGUUCUCGUGUGAUGGUCGAGUCACUUACCACGGGCUGGCGGCGCACUCGGCGAGCGUCGGGCGCUUGGUGGGGUCCGCCUCGGUCAUCUGCGCUAGGAGCGCCACACACUGCGGUGAGAGGUCGCGGCGGCCAAAUAGGGGCUGAGGUGACACUAACACACAAACAUAGGCCCACACAGAGCACAUUCACGUGGCCACAGGGGGAAUGCUUGCAUCACUCCAGCUCACCGGCGCGUAUGGUGACCUGUCUGAGAUAUUCUCGUGGCCCAGGCACAGCAGCUGUCUUAUCAGACGCCUGCAAGCAUAAGACACGAGCCACAUGAACAUAAUGCCGCUACCGUUCAGUCUGUCCAUGUGGCGUGCAAGUCGGCUGACCCUAUGACAUGUACGGCGGCCUUCUCGGCGUCGAACAGACCGUGGGGCACGAAUGUCUGCACACGCAAGACAACACACACAUCCGGUGCGAAUGGGCGUGUUGAUGUCUGUCGCCUUGCACCCGGCCGUGUGGGUACCUCUGGGGCAUGGAUAAAGAGGGAGCCGACGAGGUUGGCCUUAUUGCGCACGAAUGUGUUGCCCUGUGUGCACGUCAGACACAUAGAGAGAUACGCGCCGAUGUGGUCGCUGGUGCAUUGCGCGCGCGUGUGUGUGGAUGUGUACCUGCGAGGGGUCGGAGAGGAGCGCGUUGCCGGAAUCUAUCAUCUUCAGGUCCUCCCCGCCAGCCCUCUCGAACAUGAUAUUACCACAGUGGUAGUCCCUGCAGCAGACAGAGGCGACACAAAUGGCGACAGAUAUGCCGAAUGAGCAGAAAGAAGUGCGUCUGUGCAGCGGCUCUCUGCAUCCACGUGUGUGUGCUGCGUACCCGUGUUAUACUCCCCGCGCUAUUAGGCCCUUGUUGGCCGUGACGAGCUGGCGGGCCCAUUCCCUGGCGAGGGACUCGGUGACGGUGCUGCGCCCGUAGUUGUCGACGUAGAUCGCCGACGGGCCAGCGCACCGGUCAUACAGCGAGCCCCCCGCCAGGUACUCCAGCUCGAAGAAGGAUGCCCCCUCCAU